AUGAAACGAUUCGUGAAGAAGAGCAUCAGGAAAGUCAAAGAAAAGAUUAAGAGGCCUAAGCAAGAUGCUACCCCGCAUCAGCAACAGUCUAAGAGCUUUGAGCAAACAGAUGAAAUGACUACAGAGCAACAACAGUCUACGAUCCCUGAGCAAGCAGAUGAAAUGACUACAGAGCAGCAACAGUCUAUGAUCCCCGAGCAAGCAGAUGAAAUGACUACAGAGCAGCAACAGUCUAUGAUCCCUGAACAAACUGUCGAAAUGACUACAGAGCAGCAACUCCGGGAAUUACAUGUUCAGCAAAAUGUGGAACACGUUGACGAGCCUCGUGAUGAUGACUUGGAGCGAUUUCAGGCACAAUUACCCCCUCCGGACCCGUCUAAACCGGCUAUCUCGUCAUUCUUCCGAAGUGAAUCAUACGUGUUCGAUGCAAAGAACGCCGAGACUGAAUCUGGAGCUCUAGCUGAGGAAACCUUCCAAUACUUUUACUGCAGGGAAAAACAUCAAUUCCAGGGCAAAGUAGAGCACGAAAGUACUCUGGGGAAAGGGAAUGAUUUCGCAUAUGUCUUAUGGCCUGUCUCGAUCAUGCUCCAUGCAGCUGCCGAUUGUCUUUCGCCUUCGAGAAUAAAUCAAGUCGCCUUAGUGCAGCAGGAAUACUGGAACAAGGACUAUCAUGCAUUUUGUGCUUGGAAGAUGUUCCUUGGAAAUGAAGACAUCUACUAUGAUGAUAACGCUCACGUUGUUCAAGCUUUAGUAUCGUCGUAUGAAGUUACGGGACAGCUCGAGUUUUUACUACAAGCCAAGGACGUUCUGGAGUGUUUUAUUAUGCCAUUUGCGGAGAAAGAAUCAGGUGGUAUUGCAUGGCAUCUCUCAAACAAGAAGGUUCGAGCUGCUUGCUCAGUUGGCCCAGCUGCUAUAUCGGCCUUGAGAAUAAGAGCUUUACCGUCAACUCAUGUCAUUGAGACUCACGAUAAAGCUGAAUCUUAUCUUAGAUUUGCCACAAUCUUAUUGACUUGGCUUCAGGUGAACUUGCAAGAUCCAAAAGAUAAACUCAUCUGGGAUCAAUUGAAAAUAAAUGAAGAUGGAUCCAAGGAAAUCGAACGUAUGAAAUGGUCAUAUAAUAGUGGAUUCGCCAUUCAUGGAUUCACACUAUUGUACGAAGCUACCAACGAUCGUAGAUAUCUGUCAACGGCAAUAGAAAUCGCAGAAGCAGCAAUGAAUCCUGAGGGCGCACUUUUCGAUCACUGUAAUCCAGAUCCAUCUCAAAGAAUGCUUUCAGAUGGAUCCUUUUUUUUACAUCAUCUUGUGGAUGGAUAUCUUGCUCUUUCAAAGCAUGCACACACUAAGAAACUUGGAAAUGAAAUUGUUCGUAUCGCUAAUUGGGGAAAGGAGUUUAUGAGGGACAAGGAAGAUUCGUUGUACUAUCGCGGUAGCCGUCCCUACACAAUUUCCUCUAAGCAUGCACACCAGUUCUACAAGAAAUUUGGUGUUGGAAAAAGUGGAGAGCAAAAUAUGCAAGAAAGGGACAAAGACGGAAAUCUGUGCAAGACUAUGAUUGGGUGCGCAAGCUGGGCAAGGAUAAUUCAUGUUGCGGAAAUCGUUGAAGCAAGCAUCGCUAAGAACUGA